AUGUCUAUAGAAAAUUCUGAAAAUCAAAACAUUAUUAAUGAAAAAGUAGCAAUUAGUGCAUCUAUAAAAACUCAUAAAUUAACUGAAAAAUCUAGUUUAGGUUUAACUGAAGAAGAUAAUGUAAAAAAUAUUAAUACUAUUGAUGCCAAAUUAGAAGAAUUAUGCCUAUAUUAUAGUAGACUUAAUGUGAUAUAUGAUAAAAGACAAAAUGUUCAACCUGCUUUUCUUGAAAAUUUCAAAUUAAAUAAUAAGGAUGAGUCAAAUAAUCAAGAUAAAACUGAAAGAGAAAAUAAUAUUCAAAAUUAA